AGAGCAUCUCUCAGUGAGACUGAGUCAGUGUUUGUUAAGAGAACAGAGGAACAUGGCUUCAUCCUUUCUCAGAGUCUCCCUGCUCUUCAUCAGCCUCUACACAGCAGAUGGAUUCAUGCAUUAUGUUCUGACCCAUUGUGACUUUAACUCGUCUGAUCUGAAGGACAUCGAGUUCAUCAGGUCUUAUUAUUACAACAAGAUGGAGAUCGUCAGGUUCAGCAGCAGUUUGGGGAAGUAUGUUGGAUUCACUGAGUUUGGAGUGAAACAGGCUGAGCGCUGGAACAGUGAUGCUUCAGAUCUGGCUCAGAUGAGAGCUCAGAAGGAGGCGUACUGCAAACAGCACGUUGAUAAUGCCUACCAGGCUGCUCUGACUAAAUCAGCUGAGCCCUAUGUCAGACUGAGCUCUACGGCGCCCUCUGGUGGUAAACAUUCAGCCAUGUUGGUCUGCAGCGUCUACGACUUCUACCCCAAACAGAUCAGAGUGAAGUGGACCAGAGACGGACAGGAAGUCACCUCUGAUGUCACUUCCACUGAUGAGCUGGCAGACGGUGAUUGGUACUACCAGAUCCACUCUCACCUGGAGUACACGCCCAGGUCUGGAGAGAAGAUCUCCUGUAUGGUGGAACACGCCAGCCUGAGAGAACCUCUGAUUACUGACUGGGACCCGUCCAUGCCUGAGUCUGAGAGGAACAAGAUUGCCAUCGGAGCCUCAGGACUGAUCCUGGGUCUGGUCUUAUCUCUGGCUGGAUUCAUCUACUACAAGAGGAAGGCCCGAGGACGGAUUCUGGUUCCCAGUAGCUGAUUCUGGACCUGGUUCUGGUCCUGUAGCUGUUUGUCAGAUGGAAUAAAAAGCAGCAGCUGCUUCAACCUGCUUCGUGUGUUUCCAGUCCUGGACCAGGUUUAGUCUGGACUCUGGUGUAUCCCAGCUGGAUCUGAACCUGAUCCAGGACUGUGGUGUUACCCUGCCAGUCCUGGACCAGGUUUAGUCUGGACUCUGGUGUAUCCCAGCUGGAUCUGAACUCUGCUUCAUCUACAUGUGAUAUGAUUCUUUACUGUGUGAAAUCAAUAUUUUUCAGCCACUUCUAUCCCCAAACGUAAUAACUCUGGUCUUUAAAUCAAAUAUAAUCAGUUCUGUGAAUGAUUUGGGGGCUGGCAGGUUGUGUGAUUGUUAGAUUUCUAUAUUUUUACUGGAGUGGAACAUUUUCUAACCUAAUAAACUGAUCAGAAAACUC